AUGAAAUGGUCUCUCCUGCACAUGGAAGAUCCUUGUACUCACUCACUCUCUCUCUCUCUCUCUCUCUCUCUCUCUCUCUCUCUCUCUGACGUCAUUUUAUGGAAGUCAGAAAUCAAAAUGGCAGCUCUGUUUGGACACGGAAACCCCCUGAGUACUCCUGUCGGACAGUUAAUAGAAAAAGCUAGUGAUGGCUCUCAAGCCUCUGAAAAUUGGACCCUCUUCCUUGAUACCUGUGAUAUCAUCAACGAGACAGAUGAAGGACCAAAAGAUGCAAUUCGUGCCAUCAAGAAAAAACUGCAACAAAAUGCUGGUAAAAACUACUCAGCAGUUAUGUACACCCUGAUUCUAUUGGAAACCUGUGUCAAAAAUUGUGGUAAGAGAUUUCACCUGCAGGUGGCCAACAAAGAAUUCCUCCAUGAUUUGAUUAAAAUAAUUGGGCCCAAAAAUGAUCCCCCUCCAGUUGUACAGGAGAAAGUGCUCAGCCUCAUUCAGACUUGGGCUGAUGCUUUUCAUGGAUCACCAGAACUGAAAGAAGUGGAAAAAGUGUACCAAGAUCUAAAAGGCAAAGGAAUCGAGUUUCCUAUGACAGAUUUGGACAAAUUGGCACCAAUACACACACCAGCCAGAAGUACCCCAGUAUCAGAACAGCCACCACCACCCAUCAGCAGAAAUAGAGGUGUGUCUACACAAGCACCGAACCCUACUCAUCCUCAAAUGCAGCCACCAGUAACAAUGUCAGGUGGUUCAAUAGUACCCACCAAUGAACAACUGGGCAAAUUGAAAAGUGAGCUCGAUGUGGUACAGGGCAAUGUACGUGUCAUGGGUGAAAUGCUUACUGAACUCAGUCCCUACAACGUAGAUUCCUCCGACCUCGAGCUCUUGCAGGAAUUAAAUCGAACAUGUCGCCAAAUGCAGCAGCGGCUGGUUGACUUGCUUGACCAAGUAGCAAACGAAGAAGUUACAAGUGAAUUAUUACGGGUGAAUGAUGAUCUUAAUAAUGUAUUCCUGCGUUAUGAACGAUUUGAGAGGUUUCGCACUGGUCAGUCAGGGCCACAGUCUGCUGACACAGGUACCACACCCCCGGUGUCACAGGACUCCUACCUUCCUCCUUCUUAUGAACAGGUGCAAGCGUCCAGUCAGUCGCAUGUUGGCAACCUCAUAGACUUAGGGGAAGAAGGUGGACAUCCUAGCACUGGUCAGUCAGACAUUCAUGCUCAAUUAGCUGGCUUGAGUUUAAAUAGUAGCAGUAUCAGCAGCACAUUGGGGCAAAUAAGCAGCACCCCUGCAGUGAAUAAAUCUUCAUCAGGAGUCCAGGAUACUGAAUUUGAUAUGUUUGCACAAUCCAGACAGUCAUUUGACCAAAGUAGGAAGAACAUAGGAAAUGCAGCAUACAUCAACCAACAAGAGGACCAAUUCCGGGGCAGUCUUGGACAAGCAGUAUCUAUGAAAUCUCAAGCCAAAAACGGACAGCUGACAGAUAAGGAAGAAGACCUCAAAGAAAUGGCUCAAUGGCUGGCUAAUGAUGGACAAGCCACAGAAUCAAUAAGCAGUUCAGAAUUUGACAAGUUUUUGCAGGAACGUGCAGCUGCUGCAGAUAAUUUGCCAACAAUCCCUGCCUGCACUGCCAGUUCUACAUCACAACCGCCAGUUAUCAACCCUCGACGCCAACUGCAGAAAGACGAUGAUGACAGCCCAUUACCCUUCGCACCUGUCUUCUCUUUCCCUCCCCCUCUUUUGGACCAUUUACAUUUAACUGCCCCUUCUUCCAAUCUAUCUACCAACACCCCCACUUUUUUUUUCUUUUUGUUGUUAACUGUAUAUGGCUAUACCACCUCCAGUCCCAAUCAAAUGAAGUUGGUUUCUGAGCCACUCAGCUUCAAUAAAUUCUCAUAG